AGCCAGACAGUUACAAGACCUUUGUGUGUAAGCGGACUCACAGUUGUCAGUCAUACAGUGGGCUUACCAGUGAGUAUUUUAAUUCCGUAAGUAAAUUAGCCGAACAUUGAACCAUUACUAAGUAAAAAGCCAGACAGUUAGUUGUAUGUUUCAAGACCUUUGUGUGGAAGCGUACUCAUACAGUUGUUAGUCAUACAGUGGGCGUAAGGGAUUUUAUAUAAUAACGAAUGGAGAACGAAGCAUAUAAUAUGGGCAGUAAUUCCAAAUCAAGUAGCAACAGAAGAAUUAUCUUGGUAAUAGUUGGAGGAUGUUUGAUAAUAGCUGUUGGAUUAGCGAUCGGAUUAGGUGUAGGACUUCAUAGACAUCACCAAUCUGAAAGCCAGUGUCCAUCGGAAGAUAAAACAGUGGUCACUUCAACAGAAGGAGUUUACAGAUAUGCAGCAGUAGCAGCAGAUGCAGAAGUAUGUUCAAAAAUCGGGAGUGAUAUGAUAUUAAUACAUAAUGGAACAGCAGUAGACGGAGCUAUAGCAGCUUUGUUAUGUAGUGGUGUUGUAGCUGCCCAUAGUAUGGGUAUUGGUGGUGGAUUCUUUAUGACUCUUUAUGAUAGAAACACGAGAACUGUAGAUGCUGUCGAUGCUCGUGAAAUAGCUCCAUUGUUUGCUACUGAAGAUAUGUAUGUAGAUGGUAAAGCUUCGUCAGUUCUUGGUGGCUCAUCUGUAGCAGUUCCCGGAGAAUUGAAGGGUUACGAAGAAGUACACCGAGAUUACGGGAGAUUAGAGUGGAGUACUCUAGUCCAACCUACUAUAGAUUUAUGUGAAAACGGGGUACCAGUAACUCGAGCUUUACAUGAAUCUAUUUCUAGAGAGUCGACAAAAGAUCUUAUUGCAAAUGAUCCAAAUUUCAGCAUGUAUUACCCGAAUGGUAAACCUAUAGAAGAAGGCGAAAAGGUCAAGCUACCAAAAUUAGCAGAAACAUUUAAAAUUAUAGCCGAUAAAGGAGCAAGGGCGUUUUAUGACGGAGAACUGUCACCGUUAAUUGUAGAGGAUAUUAAAGAUAAAGGUGGUAAUAUAACAUUAACAGAUUUAUUAAGCUAUUCCGUUGUUAAGAAACGACCAAUUAAUAUAACGUUAAACGAUGGUUUAACUGUUUAUUCUGUUCCACUACCAUCAAGUGGCGCUGUGUAUGAAUAUAUAUUAAAUAUAUUAGAUGGUUAUAAUUUUACAUCAGAUGAUAUGUCAACUGACGCUAAGACGGUUUUAACUCAACAUCGUAUUAUAGAAGCCAUGAAAUUUGCCUAUGCUAAAAGAACAAACUUGGGCGAUGAGAAUUUAGGUUUUGUGAAUGUUUCUGAUCUAGUUAAGAAUAUGACGUCAAAUGCGUUUGGUGACAGUAUACGACAAAAGAUAGACGAUAUUAGAACAUUUGAUACGAUGUAUUAUGGUCCAACAUUUUAUGACCAGAAAACAGUUGGUACAUCACAUUUAUCAGUCAUAGAUAAAGAAGGAAAUGCUGUAUCAGUCACUAGUACUAUUAACUUGCACUUUGGGUCAAAGGUGAAAGGGGCCCGUACAGGGAUUAUCUUCAAUAAUGCAAUGGAUGAUUUUUCUACACCAAAUCUAAAGAAUACAUUUGGCAUCCCACCGUCUCCAGCAAACUUUAUUAAACCUUUAAAGCGCCCCUUAUCAUCAAUGUGUCCAGCUAUAAUAAUAGAUAGUAAGGCUGACGUAGUGUUGAUACCGGGGGCCGCGGGAGGAUCAAAAAUCACCACGGCAACAGCACUGGUAACGCUAUAUACACUAAGAUUAGGAUUAUCGUUACCAGAAGCUGUGGAUAUGAAAAGAUUUCAUCAUCAACUUUUACCUAAAGAAUUGCAGUUAGAAAACGGUUUUCCCCAGGUCUAUUUAGAUGGAUUAAAAGCUUUAGGACACAACGUGACGUAUUUUAAUCCCGCUACGUCAGUGGUGCAAGUCAUUCAAGUCAAAGAUAAAAUACUGUACGCGGUGUCUGAUGAGAGAAAAGGCGGGAAACCAGCUGGCUAUUAACCAAUCAAACAAUAGCUUUAGUUGUUCAAUGUAAUACGAAGCUCAACAAUGUACCUCAUUGUCUUUGAUAAAAUAUUAUUUAUUUUUGAUAAAAAAAAUAUCCUAUACAUCUCUCGUUUGCAAUAUCAUGUUGUUUUAAUUAAUAAUGUUUAAAGUUAUU